AUGGUGGCCAUUAAAAAAGUUGCGAUUGGGGAAAUUCCCCUAAAAAAUGUGGCUCAUUUCCCUGAAUGGGGACAAACUCAAGAUAUCAGGGAGAAGAUGAAGAAUGCAGAUAAUUGGGAAACUGCUAUUCUAGACAGCGCAAAAAGAUUUGUAGUGGGAAAAAGAGUGGAUGGGCAAUCGCUAUCGCAGUAUAAACCAUGGGCAAUAGAAAAAGCUGUGGUGGGGGAAGUGAACAUCAAAAACUUUUUUGAUGGAAGCCUUUUGAUUGAAACCUCAAAUUUGAUGCAGGCUAAAUCACUAGUAGAAAUCAAGGAGAUAGAUGGAUUGGCUGUUGAAUUCAACAUGCACGCUAAGCUCAAUCAAUCAAAAGCCGUAUUUCGCGACUGGGAUAUGACACAUUGGGAUUUGGAAGAGAUGAAACGUGAGCUUGCUUCUCAAAAGGUGAUUGAUAUCGUGAAUUUGAAGGUGAAAAACACGGACGUGAAUAAUAGAAUGAAGAACCAAGCUGAUGAUACAAAACAACCUGAGUGGAUAUCCUCACCAGUUUUUAUAUUUACUUUUGAUCUUCCGGAACGUCCUCAAUUUAUCAAGAUCGGUUACAGAGUGAUCCGUACAAACGUAUACGUGCCAAAGCCGGUUAGAUGUUUUUCCUGCCAACGUUUUGGCCAUGUUUCAGCAAGAUGCGUGGGAGAUGCUGUUUGUGGUCGUUGUGCAGAGAAAAACCAUGAUCCAAAUCCUUGCAAAGAACAGAUUAAGUGUGCUAAUUGUGGUGAUGCUCACAUUGCCUCUUCAAAGUCAUGUCCGAUUUUCAAGAAAGAGCAGAAGAUACAAGAGAUAAAAGUAACUGAGAGGAUCACCUAUAAAGCAGCAAAAGUCAGGUACGAGUCAUUGUGUUCCGGAGAAUUUGGCAAAUCGUACGCUGAAGUGUCCAGGAAUAACAGGGGCUGCACUACGUGCAAUUGUGAAUGUGUAGGGAAAACACGCUUGGGAGUUCCACCAGAGUCUCGCUAUGAAGAAUACCAAGAUGCUGGUGUGAUUAAAGACACACAAGAGGAGAGUUCUCACUCUCUUAGUCCUUCAUUCAUGAAGAAUCCUGAUGAGAGCAAUCCAGAACGUGUGGAGGAAGACAAACAGCAGACUGAUCACAUGGAAAUAUCUGAUGCUUCAACAAGCAGUACAAACACGAGGCCGACAAUAAUUCGAGAGAAUUCAGCCAAAACUCGUACACAGAGAAAGAUCCAGAAGCAAAUGAACAAGAAGAUGUUGAGGUCAAAAAAUUCUGUUACGGCAACUACAGGAGUGAUUUCCCUGAACAAGACUACUAUGGGAACAAAACCAAAAGGAGCAAAGAUUGACAUUGAUCAAAAUUAUUAA